AAUUUUCCCAAAAUUAAUGGGUUAGAAUUUGAGCCCGAUCAGACCAUCCCUUGUUGCCGUCUUGCCAAGGAUUGUGGAAGGAUUAAUUAAGUCGCCUAGACCGCGUUUGUAUUUUCUUUAGUUUUUGUUAAAUAAAAGGAUUCUAGACAUUGGAGAAAAAGGAGGCUCAAGCACAAUGAUCAGCGUUCUUGCUCAGGAGCGAUUACUUGGUGCUGCUCUCGGUAGUGCUUUGGUGGGUAUCAUCAUUCUGGAAAACAAAAGAAACAUCUACGAAACAAUUUCCGAGAACAAUGCUAAAUUCGGCAAUCAAUCCCAGGUGGAUAAGCCAAUUUUAAAAUCACAUUCUCAUUUUGAAAUUGCGCACUUGUGGAACAAAGCUGUUGACAAGACUUUUGGCAGUCUGAUCGAAUCUCUUAGUUCCCGUGGGUGGUAAACUUGUACUCUUUCUGUUUGAGUAAACUGUAUUUUUGGAAAAUAGAGAUGGAUGCAUAAAUUGGUUGAAUGCAUUUUUAUGAACUGUCUUAUAUUGCUCCUUACCUUGUGUGGGCAAUCUACCCAGAUAAAUAAUUUGAUUUUGAUAUUAUUUGCAUCACCGACUCGUAUCCAAGUAAAUUCAAUGAGCAUAUUAUGAAAUUCUUCCAUCUUAAAGUGCCCAAAACGAUUUGUUUUGCUUAUCGGUCACAGAUUUUAUAAAAAAUGUAUAAAUUUUGUUCCGCUGUGUGAUUGUAUUACUCUUAGAUGUGCUUAACAAUGCUAACAUCUUGCGUGCUCUUGAAUGAACUGUUAAAAUAAACUCAUGUGUAUAAAACAAUCUAUUGCUUGCGAAUGAGGUAGACGAGAUAGAAUUCAUCUCCCUUGAGAUCAACCACGGACCAUGGUCACGUUACAAGAUACCUGCGGAAUUUUCACCCGUACUUAAAAAGGGGGGAAAAAAGAAAACAAUCUAAUGUGAAAGAGGACGGAGAAUUCUAGGGCUAUUAUACAAACACAAGAAGGUUAGAUGAUUCUAUGUUUAGGAAAUUUAUCAAGCAUCAAGUUGAACAACUUUGUUGAAAUUGACAUUGGCCUGACGAGUCUUGGUUACAUUAUAAACGCCUAUCGCCAGGCAGGCAAUGACUAAGGCUGCAAAAAUAGCAGCUGCAACUGAUCCAGCUCCAAUCCUAGCAGAGUGUGUUCUCGGCGUUGCUGUCGUUUGUACUUGUGUCUUGUGCACUUGAGCUGCUAGCGGAAAUGGCGAGCACUUUGAGAAAGUACAGGGGUCUUUAUUUCCAUUGGGGUGGAAGAAAUCAUAAGCCAUGGGAGAAAAGGCCAUUGGGCUCUGGUAAGCAAGUCCGUGAGGUGCUCGAUCUUGUGCCGCUGUUUGUGAAAUUAAGAAAACUGAAAAUAUAACGAGAAAACAAAGUGUUUGCAUCAUUUUUGGUUGAUAAAAUUUUUGUGAGUGAGAGAUUUAGGAUCUUAUUGAAGUUUGAUAUAUGCACUCAGAAAGGGAGGGCUUUAUUUAAAAUAAACAAAGGAAAUGGAUGGUUUGUUUGGCGUGAAGGACAAA